ACUUCCCUCUACGAGGAAUAUACUUGUGUUUCAUUUAAAAGUUUGUCCGAUGGAGGUGUCUGGAAGACAAAGGCUCUCUGAAUUAGACCUAGCAUCCGACGAAGAUUGCCGUCCGUGCCAGCCAUGUCAAUAUUCAGGAAAACAGACGGUCUCAAAGGGCUUUUGCAAGGAAUGCGAGGAAUACGUUUGUGGACAAUGUAUUAAGUACCACCAAAGUCUGAAAGCAACAAGAGGUCAUACUAUUUUGGCAGUAGAUGAAGAUUUUAAACCUCAAGGACAAACCCAAAGCAAAAAUUGGAACUGUGAAAAACAUGCAGAAGAGCAAGUAAAGUUUUUUUGCCCAAAUCAUUCAAGGCUUGGAUGCAACGUUUGCAUGGUUUUAGAGCAUAAAACCUGUGACGUAGCGUAUAUUUCAAACGUUGCUAAGGAUUUUCAGGCAAGCGACACUUUCCGCAAAUUUUCAACUCAACUAUCGAAAUUUGAAACUGAUGUUGAAACACUAAAGCACACACUGAACAAGAAUGGAGAGAACGUUGAUGCUUUUGCUCUGAGGGAAAUAGAAACUCUGAAAAGGUUCCGAGAUGAAAUCAAUGCUCUUCUUGAUAAAAAGGAAACCGCUUUGCUAGACAGAAUAAAGGUUUUGAAGAAACAAACUGAACACAUUUUGGAAAGCUCAAAGCAAGGUUUGCAAUCCAUUCGGUCGGAGUUUCAAGCAUUCCAGAAGGUGUUUAACGAUAAACAAGAGGAUAGCAGCAAGUUGUUUAUAUCUUACCAUUUAGCACACCAUAAAAUCUCGGAGCUGGAAAAUCAACUUCAUAGUAUUGCUUCAGAGAGUCAACAGGUUCAGGAAUAUCACUUUGAAAAGGAUACUAAAUUGUUAUCAGUUUUAAAAUCAUCGACAGCUUUUGGAAGGAUAGCAUUGAACGAAGGUGGAACCGAUGGAAAGAAAACAGGGGAUACCAAUGUUGUUCAUCAUGGAAUUUGGUGUGACGGCUGUAAUCAGAAACCCAUCAUUGGAAAUCGUCAUAAAUGCAAGACGUGUUUCGAUUACGAUUUGUGUGAUAGCUGUAUGAGUAAGAGUAUUCAUUGCGAGCACAAAUUCAAGAAGAUCACAGGACCCGUGACGAGCAAGAGCUCCAUCCAUGAUGUAACAGUUCAUCAUGCAGUUUGGUGUGACGGCUCUGAUCAGAAACCCAUCAUUGGAAAUCGUCAUAAAUGCAAGACGUGUUUCGAUUACGAUUUGUGUGAAAGCUGUAUGAGUAAGAGUAUUCAUUGCGAGCACAAAUUCAAGAAGAUCACAGGACCCGUGACGAGGAAGAGCUCCAACCAUUAAGAGGUUUGCGCUGGACUUAUAUUGCGAGCAUGAAACAAAACAGGAAUGAUCCCUGACCCUUCCUUACAUUAACGGUCUUUAUCUAUUCACUUAUAUUUGUACAGACGUUCUGUUACAUAUCAAUGAAACGAAAUUAUGUUUUUUAUUUUUAAAAUAAUAAGUCACUUUCUCAGUAAUUUAUCAAAAGAAAUAUCAUGGAUUAGUACUGUAGACGUAUAUCUGUCUUGUGAUUGGUAAAGGAGACCCAUUCAAAUACAGUAUAGAUGAAAAGCCAUUGUAUUUCAUUAGAGAGUUAUUUUACAUUCCACCCGUGUUUAUACCACGGAAGCAAAAAGUGGCUCGAGCUCUUUAAAGAGUUGUAUAUAAAAAACAAUGAUAUAUCCGAGCUUGAGCAUAAUAGCGGACAUCUUUAUAAAACGUAUUGGCUCAGCCUCCAUGCUUUGGCUAAAGCUCCCUGAUUUUGGCUCCAGCUCAACCCAGAAAAGUAUAAACAUGUUUAUUCCGGUGAACAGGAGGACAUAUUCAUUCCCGACAAAAUAAUAGCACUUGAUAAAACUGUUUUUAUCUUAAAUGUCAGCUUCUUAGUACAGAUCAGCUAAAUAGUAAUGAAAAUGUUGUACAUUAGUUUGUAAACAUGUAUGUGUUUGAUUGUUUGAUUGUGUGUAUACUAUUUACCGGUUUUCCAUUCACCUCCCUUUUUAUUUUGUGCUUAUACAUAUUGCUUACAGUUGUUCUGUAUCGUGCAACAUUAUAAAUGAUGCAUUUAUAUUACCUUAUAUAAUUACAUAUUUUGUAUAUUACACGCCAUUUCAUUUUUCCAAUUGUUGAUUUUUUUCUAAUAAUUUAACCUAAAUUAAAAUUUCAAAUCGAUUUCGAAUCUAUAACUCUAACAGUGUAACUAACAUGUUAACACUGCUGCUAACAGUGUUGCACUUAUAACUUCUGUAAACAGUGCUGUACAUAUAAUUGCUGUAAACAGAGUUGCACUUAUCAUUGCUGUAAAUAGAGUUGCACUUAUCAUUUCUGUAAACAGUGUUGCACUUAUCAUUGCUCUUAACAGUGUUGCACUUACAAUUGUGGUUCACUGAUUAUUGCUGCCCAAAACUGAUGCUGAUAUUUUCAUACUUUGAAUGUAAAUAACAUGCUUUGGAAUGAACUCCUUUCCAGAACAAUUUUCCCCAAAAAAUAUUUCAACUGAUAUUCCCAGGAGCCAGUUUCAUUUAAGGUAUUGUCAUAAUCCAAAUUUUGAUAAUUUACUGUUUGUGUGAAUUGAUAUUUUGCUAGUAUCAAAUUUGAAAACAAAUGCGGGAAAUGAAACAAAAUUAACAAGUUGCCGUCCAUGAUGUCCUUUAAAAAAGAUUUAAAGAAUUUUCAUCAAUUGUGGUCAGUGCAAUUUGGAUUUAAAAACAUUAUCAAAAGAAGAAAUAAGAGAAUGUACAGUUGUAACCUUUUAUUCAUUAGUGUUCAAUAAAUAACACUGAAAUCAUAGAGCUCAUUUUCUAUGCAUAUACAUUUAUAUACAAAGACCUGAAAUUACUAAAUGAAAUACUAUAUAUUGCUUUGUAUAACAAAACAAAGGUCAUUCCUACCAAUAUUUCAUUGUCCUGAAACAUCAUGUUUAUAUGAUUUUACUGCCCAACCUGGAACUAUUAAUCUACCAAUACUCAUGAUUGAUUUAAAAAAUAAAUGUUCUUUGUCAGUUUGCAAGUUAUUUCUAACUUGAGCUUUUAAGGAAGUCAUGGAUACCCCUGUUAAUGCAUUGACAUAGAAUACAAUGGAUUGACUAUGAAAAAGCAAAUAUUAAAAUUACUAUAUGUCACUAUGUUUUAGAAACAAAUGCGUUAAUGAUGUAAUAUGUACCUGUCAAAAACAUUU